AUGCUUGCACAGCCGAAGAACAACAACAACAACAGCAGCAGCAGCAGCAGCAGCAGCACCUGUUGCGGCAGAAGCAAAGACAAGCUGACGGGUCCAGCUGCUGUGACUGUGACCCAGCCUAGGUCAGCAAAAACAAUAUCUUUCGCUCCUUGCUGCCAGCCCCGGCCUUUCAGCUGCAGCACAGCAGCAGCAGCAGCAGCAGCAGUAAUAGUAGGAACAGCAGCAAUGGUGGGAGGAGGAGCAGAAGUAGGGGUUGCUGCAGGAGUAGCAGUGGCAGCAGCAGCACAGAAAAUGCGGCUGCUGCAGCAGCAGCUGCAGCGGGAGCACCAGCAUCUUUCAGCAGUCUCUGUUGCUGCUGCAGCAGCAACAGAGACUGCUGAAAGAUGCUGCAGGAGCAGCAGCUACUGCAGCAGCAGCAGCAGCUGCUGCUGCUGCUAUGACAGCAGCAAACAGCUGUAG